AUGAUAAUAUGCUCAUGGAAUGUGAGGGGGAUUAAUGCUCCUUCAAAGGUGGUGGAGGUGAGGAGGUUUUUGCAGAAGAAUAAUGUAGAUGUUGUAGCUUUGGUGGAGACUAGGGUAAGAGAAAAUAAUGUCAAGAAAGUUCAGACUAAGCUUGGAGGUGAGUGGAAGUGGGAAAUGAACUACUCCUACUCUCCUAAAGGGAGAAUUUGGGUAGGUUGGAGACACAGUUUGAUUACUUAUCAGGUUGUGAAUAAAACAGAUCGGUUUAUUCAUGGAGUCCUAUGCACUAAGACUGGCUUAACUAAUUUUGAAUUUACUGCUGUCUAUGGUCUACACACUAUAGAUCAUAGAAAGCCCUUAUGGGUUGAUUUGGUCAAAGUGAGCAAACCUUGGCUCCUUAUGGGGGAUUUCAAUUCUGUUUUAUAUUCUGGGGAUAGGAUUAAUGGUAAGCAAGUUCAAGAUAGUGAAACAAGGGACUUUGAGGGGUGUAUUGAUGCUGCUGGUUUGGCUGAACUGAAGAGUUGUGGCCACUACUUCUCCUGGAGUAAUAAAGGGCAAGGUGAUAUGAGAAUCAGUUCUAGAAUCGAUAGAGCUCUAGGGUGUGCUGCUUGGCAUACAGUUUUUGAUGAUGUUGUUGUGGAUUAUCUUAACCCAGGUCUUCCUGACCAUUCUCCUCUUGUUCUCACUUGUAAAUUAGAGGAUCAUUCUAAAGGGAGGCCUUUUAGGUUCUUCAACUAUAUGGCUGAUCACCCUAGCUUUAAUCAAGUGGUUCAAGAUGGCUGGAAGGUUAAUACUCAGGGUACUGCAAUGCACCAGGUGUGGCAAAAGUUGAAAUGUGUUAAGCAGGGUUUGAAAACUUUACACAAGAAGGAGUUUGCAAGACUUGAGGAAAGAAUUGACACUAUUAGAACUGAUCUUGAUGGCAUCCAACUCCAGCUGGCUGCUACUCCCAUUGACACUGAGUUACAGGUGAAUGAAAAAAGGCAGACAGAGUUGCUUAAAAAGUUUCUAGGAAUUCAGGAAAGUGCAUAUAGACAAAAAUCAAGAAUUCAGUGGUUGAAAACAGGUGACUCAAACUCUAAAUUUUUCUUCAGUGCUAUGAAAGAGAGAUGCACACACUACUACGAAACGCGCCUUUUAUGA